GACCUGCAACCUCAAUCACGGGUGGAAACACAUCGGAAGUGACGUCACGGGGCACCCCAGCGUCUCCCCCUGUGGGAUGCCGUGAUGUCACGCGCAAGGGCUCCCUUAUAUGAAGACUCACCUGCCGAGGGACUCCACUAUUUGCCGGUCCCGUAUCUCCUCCGGUAGAAGGCGAAAGCAUCAGUGAUAAACUCAGUGAGCGCGCGGUUCCCGCUGCUGGUAAAUGUGGGCAAAUUGAAUUUAAGUUCCCGUGGACACUCCAUAUUCCCUCGCCUCUCAAAAUCGAAAGAUAAAGAGAGAGACGAGAAAGUCUCUCGGAUUAGAGAGAAAAGGAAGCUUCUCUCUCAUAGACGCCAUGGCGAAGAAAACGCCUCUGAAGAUGGUGAGGGCGAUCGUGAUCGUGUUGUUGAUGGCACUUGUGUCGAUGCCAGCAGUAGAUGGAGCGAGCAUAUCCUUGGCUGAAGACGACACUGAAGGCAUUGCUGAAAGAUCACCUGAAACGGCAACUUCCAGUCCCACUGUCACAGAACAAAACGGAGAAGAGGUUAAGAGCCUUGAACAGAAGACAGGAAGAGCAUUUAAAGAGAAAGAAACCGACGAAGAAAGAGAGAGACAUGGGAGAGACGGAAAGGUCAGAGAAGUGAGAGCAAAGGGAGUUAAAAUUGAAAGCAGUGGCAAAGCAAGUGCAGGUACGGAAGAGAAGAAAGUAUUGAAGGAAGAUAGGGAAAAUGUGGGAAAAAGGGACCAGAAGAAAGGAAAAGAUGAAGGCAAAGAGGAAGACGUGGACGAGAGGGAAGCAGAGGAUGCAGAAAAGGAGGUAGAAGAGGACAAGAGGGAAGCAGAGGAUGCAGACAAAGAGGAACAAGAGGACAAGAGGGAAGUAGAGGAUGCAGACAAAAAUGAAGAAGUGGACAAGAGGGAAGUAGAAGAUGCAGACAAAGAGAAAGGAGAGGACAAGGAGGAAAUAAAUGAAGACAAAGAGGGAGACGAGGACAAGGAAGGAAUAAAAGAUGAAGAAAAAGAGGAAGGCAAGGAUGAGGAGGAUCAAGAUGGAGAUAAAGAGGAAGAAGAGGACAAGGCGGGAAUAAAAGAUGAAGAAAAAGAGGGAGCCGAGGACAAGGAGGGAACAAAAGAUGGAGACAAAGAGAAAGGAGAGGACAAGGAGGAAAUAAAUGAAGACAGAGAGGAAGAAGAGGACAAGGAGGGAAUAAAAGAUGAAGAAAAAGAGGAAGAAGAGGGCAAAGAGGAAAUAGAUGAUGAUAAAGAAGACAACACGGAGGAAGCAGAUGACGAAAAAGGAGACGAGAAUAAGGAGAAAAAGGAUAAUGACGACGAAGAGGGAAAGAACAAGAAGAACGUAGAUGACGACAAAGAGGAAGAGGAGAGCAGUGAAAAAGUAGAUGAUGGCAAAGAAGAAGAGAACAAGGAAAAAGUUGAUAACAAAGAAGAAGAAAACAAGGAAAUAGGCGAUAACCAAGAAGAGGGAAAAAACAAGGAAAAAGCAGAUGAUGAAGACAUAGAGGAGGAAGAGAGCUCGGAGGAAACAGAAGAAGAAGAAAAAGAGAGCACGGAGGAAACAGAAGAAGAAGACAAAGAGGAGGAAGAGAGCUCGGAGGAAACAGAAGAAGAAGACAAAGGGGAAGAAGAGAGCUCGGAGGAAACAGAAGAAGAAGACAAAGGGGAAAAAGAGGACAAGGAGCAAGUAGAAGAUGAAGACAAAGAGGAAGAAGAGGACAAGGAGGAAGUAGAAGAUGAAGACAAAGAGGAAGAAGAGGACAAAGAGGAAGUAGAAGACGAAGAAAAGGGAGAAAGAACCAGCGUAGAAGUCGUGGAAGGAAGAACAAAUGAAAAGGAAAGAAAAGACGAGAAUGAAAGUCUAGAAGUAAGCCAAGAAGAAGAAGAAGGAGACAGAAAAGAGAAAGAAGAAGAAAAAGGAAAUGAAGAAGACGGCGAAGAAAAAGAAAAGGUGAAGGAAGAAGAAGAAGAUGAAGAAGAAAAAGAAGAAGAAAAAGAAAAGGAGAAGGAGGAAGAAGAAGAUGAAGAAGAAAAGGAAGAAGAAAAAGAAAAGGAGAAGGAAGAAGAAGAAGAAGAUGAUGAUAUAGAAGAAAGAGAAGAAGGAAAAGAAAAGGAGAAGGAAAAAGAAGAAGAAGAGAGAGAAAAGGAAGAGGAAGAAGAGGGAAAGGAAGAAGAAGAAGAAGAAAAAAAGGAAAAGAAAAGGAAUAAGGUAGAGAAAGAAAAGCGAAGAAAGGAAGAGGAAAGAAGGAAAAAGGGAAAGGAAGAAGAAGAAGAAGAAAAGGAAGAAGAAAAAGAAAAGGAAGAAGAAAAAGAAAAGGAAGAAGAAGAUGAAGGAGAAAAGGAAGAAGAAAAAGAAGAAAAUGGGGAAGCAAAAGAAAGGAAAGAACCAGAAAAGGAAGAAGAAGAAGCAAAAGAAAAGAAAGAACCAGAAGAGAAAGAAGAAGCAAAAGAAAAGAAAGAACCAGAAAAGGAAGAAGAAGCAAAAGAAAAGAAAGAACCAGAAAAGGAGGAAGAAGCAAAAGAAAAGAGAGGAGACAGAGAAGAAGACAAAGUAAAGGAAGAAGAAGAAGAAGAAGAUAAAGCAGAAUCCCCAGAAGAUGAAAAAGAAGGAACAGCAGAAGAAGGCCAGUCGCAAGAACCUGGGGAGGGCGACGGGAGAGGCAACGAAGCCGCAGGGAAAGAGACACCCGGCGAGGAAGGACAAGGAGAUGCAGACAACUCAGGAAGUCUCGAAACGAAGAAUGAUCCGACAGAAGACCCAAGUAAGUCCGAGGAACAGCCCCAGACAGGUAAGAAGGACCGCAAAAAUAACAAGGCGAACAGAAAGGACCGCGGAAGAAAACAGGGAAAUAGGAGGAAUAACAGAAGAAACCAGGCGAAUAGAGAGAGUCAGAAAAGGGACCAGUUAGGUAUCAAACAAGGAAGAAUAGCAGAGACACUUAAAAAGGAGCUGAGAAGUGCAGUGACUGACAGAAGCGAUGAAGGGAGAGAAAUAACAGAUAGAAAUGACGACAGCAAGAACCAGACAGAUCUAAAUGAUCGCAGAAGAAAUCAAACAGAUUUGGGUGAAAACAGAAGGCACCAAACAGAUUUUGGUGAUAUCAGAAGGAACCAAACAGAUUUUGGUGAUAACAGAAGGCACCAAACAGAUUUUGGCGAUAACAGAAGGAAUCUGACAGAUUUGAUUCAUCAGAGAACGAGCCAGCCGGAUUUGAAUGACCUCAGAAGAAACCGGGCAGAAGUAAAUGAUCACAGGAAGAACCAGACAGAUUUUAAUGAUCAUUGGAGGAACCAGGCAGAUUUGAAUGAUCAUAGGAAGAACCAAACAGAUUUAAAUGAUCACAGGAAGAACCAGACAGAUUUAAAUGAUCAUGGGAUGAACCAGGCAGAUUUAAAUGAUCACAGGAAGAACCAGACCGAUUUAAAUGAUCAUGGGAUGAACCAGGCAGAUUUAAAUGAUCAUAGGAAGAACCAGACCGAUUUAGGUCAUCACAGGAAGAACCAGACAGAUUUAAAUGAUCAUGGGAAGAACCAGACAGAUUUAAAUGAUCAUGGGAAGAUCCAGGCAGAUUUAAAUGUUCAGGAAAGAAACUACACAGAUCUAAAUGACCAUGGAAGGAAGCAGACUGAUUUAAAUGAUCUCAGGAGUAGCCAAACAGAAAUUAGUCAUCAGAGAAGGAACCUCACAGAUGUCAGUGAACUGGAAAGAAAUCAGACAGGUAUAAAGGACCCAAGAAGGGGCCGAGCAAGACCAAAGAAUAAUGGGCUGUACCUGAUAAAUCAAAGAGAGAAUCUGACCACUAUCAGUGACCAUCGAAAGAGACCGACAGAUAUAGGUCAUCGCAGAAGAAACCAGACAGAUGUGGGUCAGAGCAGAGGCAACCUGACCCAUGUAGGUCAGAGCAGAAGAAACCAGACAGAUGUAGGUCAGAGCAGAGGCAACCUGACAGAUGUAGGUCAUCGCAGAAUAAACCAGACAGAUUUUAGGCUCCAGAGAAGGAACCAAACACAUAUAAACGAACACACAAGAAACGACGUGAGAAAUCACAACAGAUCCUUCGGUGAUCAAGUGAAUGAAAGCGUUGAAGGGCGUUCAGAAGCAACUGGAGGAGAAUGCGAGGGUGAUAUUUGUGAGGGGGAGGAUGCAUCUUCCGACAAAGACGAACACGAGGACGAGAACGGUUCCUCCGAGGACGAGAAAGGUUCCUUCGAGGACAGUCACGAAGAUUACGUCUUCGAGGAAGGAUCUGGAGACGACGAGUUCGAUGGCCAUUUUGACGAUUUCGGUGAAACACACUAUUCGGGCGAAGAAGAACGCGAACUGACGCCGGGAUAUACGGCUCAUCUGGGGCGCAAAUUACCUCGAGGAAGGGGUCGGAUCACGCCCUGGCCUAAUGCAGUUAUUCCGUAUAUCGCUGGAGGGUCUGCAAGCACAAUCACGAAAGUGGAGAAGGCUAUUCAGCAGAUCGAGAAAAAAACUUGCAUCGCUUUCAAGAACCGUACGACUGAGCAGCGUUACUUGCACAUCAAAGAAGACGACGGUGGAUGCUGGACCUCUUCCAUAGGUUAUCCUUCUUAUAACAAAAAGGUGAUCAUAGGACUAGGAAACGGCUGUCGAUCCGUCGGAGGAAUCCUUCACGAGAUCCUACACGCCGCUGGGUUCCUUCACGAGCAUAACCGACCUGACAGGAAUUCUUUCAUCGAGGUCAAAUGGGAUAACAUCGUGAAAAAUCAACGGUACAACUUCCAGUUGGACAAUAGAUACUCCCUAACGAACAUUUCCUACGAUUACGAGAGCGUCAUGCACUACGGUCGAAGGGCCUUCGCUAUUGACCGGUCUAAACCAACUCUUGUGCCAAAGUCGCCCGUGAAGGGCAAUCUGGGCGGAUCCACACUGAGUCCCCUUGAUGUGGAGAGAAUCAAAGCUUUCUACAGGUGCUAAGUUUUGAGGUCUGUGAUGUUUCCAGUAAGUAAAUAUUGCAAGA